AUGUUCAAGAAACAAGAUUUCGUUGCGGAGGGCAAGGAAUGCAACGCGCUCAAGAAAUUGGAUUCAGUCACGGAGACAACUUUUGCGAUAUCGAUCAGAAGCGAUCAAAACAAAACUGCUACGGAACCCAGGAAGGAUUUUGUAAUGGUCCAUAGACAGGGCACAGACGGUAAUUUUGCAUGUAGACUAAUCAAAAAACAGAAAGUGCGCCCCGGUGCUGUCGUUGUUACGUAUGACGAAGAUUUUGCUGUUUCAUUGCGUGUUCUAUUCUUCCCCUUCGAGAGAGAA